UGAACCUUCUGCGCUGCCUAGGCUCGAGUUUGACCAUGCAGCGGAUUUCUUCUAUAAAAAGUGCCGAAAAGUGAACUGUUCUUCACCGUCGACGUCUGGAUUGGAUCAUGCGUGGAGAGGAAGCUAGACAUUUGCUUCUCGAUCCUCCCCAGAUCCUAGCUACGACACGUCCUUGCUGACCUUUUUGCACAGCAACCGUCGAAAGCCCUGGGGCCAACAAGAAGCUGUGGCGAAGCUGUGGCGUGGUCAACAACUAACUUCCUUCCAGUUCACGUUGAGGAAGAGUCCGCAAGCAACAUUUGGUAAGGGUGGAGAGGAGGACAUAAGGGCUUCCAACUCGGCAUCGGAAUCCGCCAGAAUGGAGGCACCGCUGAUUGGAAGCAUCAUAACCACACGAGCAGGUCUUGUCUUUCUACUCGGCGUAUUCAUACAGAGUGGAUUAUUAGUAUCCAGCUCACUGAGCGAUGUUAUACCAGCGAGCCAGCGAUGCGAGGAAUUGGAUCCAGAUUUUGCUCCUGUGUGCCAGGGACUCGGAUACAACCGAACUCGGCUGCCUAAUCGCUUCGGACAUGCCACCCAGAAGGACGCCGGUCUGAUCGUGAACCAGUUCUUCCCUCUGAUCGAAGUCAACUGUUAUCGCAGACUACGCUUCCUGCUGUGCUCCAUCUACCUACCCAUGUGUCUGGACGGCCAACCAGCGUCUCAGCCUAUUCCGCCCUGUAGAUCGCUGUGCAAGAAGGCCAAAUCGAAAUGCGAGCCACUGAUGCGCCAGUUUGGUUUUAGCUGGCCAGAGGAUUUGAACUGCGGGCAGUUUCCAGUGCGCUCCACUGCCAAUCAGAUUUGUGCCAAGUCGGGUCGUAGUCCUAAUCUCCAGCCUAGCACAAAUAGCCCAGUAGCCAGUGACGGAGACCAUGCAGUGAGCUCUGUAUCCACAAUUCCACCGGACCAAAGGCCAGCUGCAACAAGCAGUAGUCCAAGUAUCGUUAUCAGUCCAGUAACGUUACGGGAUUUUCCCUGGCUUAGCACAAGAAGCAACGCUGAUGCCCAAACUACAAAAUCAGUGCCACAGCCAGUGGAAAGCAGCAGGGCAAACGGAGCGCCUAGCUGUGAAGCACUCGACUUCAGGCAAGCAGUUGUUUGCAGAUCCGUGGGCUAUAACUCCACACUCCUGCCGAACAUGUUUGGGCAUAGCAGUCAACAGGAGGUAAGCCGCAUCAUCAAUCAGUUCUUCCCUGUCAUUGAGACCGGCUGCUAUGCUAGGCUACAGUUCUUGGUGUGCUCAGUGUAUUUGCCAGUGUGUUUGCCUGGUUAUACGCAUCCCAGCAUACCGCCUUGUAGAUCAGUAUGUCUGGAGGCCAAAUCUAAGUGUGGGGCCGUAAUGGAACUGUUCGGCCUUACCUGGCCAAACGAGCUGCAGUGCAACAGGCUACCUGCGUAUUCCACAGCCAGCAAGCUUUGCAUAGAAGAAGCACACCCUCCGGUUGUGAUGGCUUGAUCAAACAGUUGGUUUCAUUUUGUAUUUUAUUUGAAGAACCGUGUGAUCUGCUUGCACACUUGUCAACCUCUCUUACCCUCUCCUAAGAUCUCAAAGACUCAUAACUGUCAACAUCCCCUCAACCCUGGAACCUUUGGAUCCGUUGCAUCAUUUUCAUCAUCGGAAAUACCUCAUCAAAUUCAAAUCCGUUAAUUGUAGUACUCCCCCAUUGAUUUGUUUCCGUCUUCUCUUUGUGCUUUGUUCAUGAUUGUAUUUUCCUCUUCCUCCGUUUUUUUAUAAUUAUCACUAUCUUCAUCGUUUUGCGAGAACUGCGGCUCAGUGAGAAGGCAGAUUUUGCCUGUGCUUCUGGUGAAGUAAAAUAAAGCUAACAAACAAC